UUCUGUCAUGGUCACAGUUCAUGGUUCUGUCCCAGUUCUGUUGUGUUCUGACAUUUGCAUCAGCUGUUUUCGAGGUCCUGUCAUCUGCUGGUGUGCAUUUUAUUUAUGUUUUUAUACAUUAGUUAGAUAGUCUCAAAAUGGCAGAUGUAAAAUCUCUGGAACAUCCUACGUUAAAAGUUCCCUACGAAAUUCUCAACAAGAAAUUUAGAACAGCCCAGAAGGCAAUAGAUAGAGAAGUGUCACACGUUCAACAACAAGCUACACUUAUAGAGGAAACUCUAGAAUCAGAUGUAAAAGCAAAAGAUAUUUCUAGCCUUUUGGGAGGAAUGGUUGAAAAACUUCAAGUUUUGAAAAGAAAAGCUGAAGAGAGUAUAGCCGAGGAGUUGGUGGCCUCUAAUGUUUGUAAAAGAAGAUUGGAACAUCUGAAAGAACACAACACUUUCAGUCCCUCCGGUGGGCUGUCACAGGCUGCUCUUAACCAAUGGCGGCGCAAACGUUUAGAUAGAAUGGUAGUGGAGUAUUUUUUAAGAAAUGGAUAUUACAAUGCUGCAAUUACUCUUGCUGAUAGAUCUGAUAUUAAGGAUUUAACCAAUAUUGAUAUAUUUUUGACUUCUAGAGAAGUAGAGAAAUCUCUAGCUAAUAAAGAAACCAAUAAGUGUUUGUCUUGGUGUCAUGACAACAAAUCAAAAUUAAGAAAACUAAAAUCGAAUAUGGAAUUUAAUUUACGUGUACAAGAAUUUGUCGAAUUGAUUCGUUCCGAUAGAAGAAUGGAUGCUGUCAAACACGCCAGGAAGCAUUUUCCCAGCUUUGAGGAAGAACAUAUCUCUACAAUAAAACAAGUAAUGGCAUUACUAGCAUUUCCAGUUAAGACAGAUAUUGCCCCGUAUCGAGCAUUGUUUGAUGAAAAAAGGUGGGACAUCCUCAUCGAACAAUUUCGGCAAGAAAACUACCGAUUAUUCCAACUGGCAUCACAAUCCGUAUUUACUGUUGCUCUCCAAGCAGGGUUGUCAGCACUUAAGACGCCUCAGUGUUAUUCAGAAACUGGAGGAAAUAGGAAUCCAACUUGUCCUGUAUGUCAGCCAUAUCUCAACGAACUCGCUGACUCGUUACCAUUUGCUCAUUGCUCACAAAGUCGUCUAUAUUGCCAUAUUAGCGGAUUACCCAUGAACGAAAACAAUCAACCUAUGAUGUUACCAAAUGGUCACAUAUAUGGAGAACAGGCGUUGACCGAAAUGGCUCGACAAAAUAGCGGACAAGUGAUCUGUCCCAAAACGAAAGAAGUGUUUCAAUUUAAGAAGGUAGAAAAAGUAUUCGUAAUGUAAUGUGAUAUUGUAAGUAGGUACUCGGUACUGUUUUAGUAUCUUUUCAGAAUAUAUCUUAUGUAUAUAUUUAUUUUUAGAGAACUAAAACUUAUUUUAGAUGUGAAUAUUGCUACAUAUAUUAAGUGAAAUAUUAUAAUUAUUAAUAUCAACCCCAAUAAAAAUUUAAAACAUCA